CUUCACUGAAAUAAAGGCAGUGCCUGUUUGCCAUUCACGUUUAGCGCCAUCAUUCCGGUUUGGACAACCAGGAGUACAACAAGCAGGACUGAGACAGCGAGCAUCCAAUAAGACACUUCAAGGAGUUGGCAGUAGCCAAUGUCCGACAGCCGGAGCCCAACACACAGGAUAAACACAGAGGGAUCCUCACACCCAAAAGACCGCGGAGUGACGGUGCUAGUCGUCCCAUUGUUUGAGACGUACCGACGUACAGCUGGCCUUAUAUAGCGUCGUAGGGUGAGCCAAGAUGGGGAAAGAUCCAAAGAAGCCGAGAGGAAAAAUGUCCUCAUAUGCCUACUUUGUGCAAACAUGCCGAGAGGAGCACAAGAAGAAACAUCCUGAUGCCAGCGUCAACUUUGCAGAGUUUUCCAAGAAAUGUUCUGAGAGGUGGAAGACAAUGUCACCAAAAGAGAAAGGCAAGUUUGAAGAUAUGGCUAAACAAGACAAGGUGCGUUAUGAGAGGGAAAUGAAGAAUUACAUUCCCCCCAAGGGCCAGAAGAAGAAGCGAUUUAAGGACCCCAAUGCCCCCAAAAGACCACCGUCUGCAUUCUUCCUGUUCUGUGCAGAUUUUCGCCCUAAGGUAAAAGGUGAGAAUCCUGGCCUUACCAUUGGGGACACUGCAAAGAAGUUGGGAGAGAUGUGGAAUAGCUCAUCUGCAGAAGACAAGCAGCCAUAUGAGAAGAAGGCUGCCAAGUUGAAGGAGAAAUAUGACAAGGAUAUUGUUGCUUACCGCACAAAGGGCAAAGUGGAUUCAGGAUCAGCAGCUGCAGCGGAUGAUGAUGAGGAUGAUGAAGAAGAGGAGGGCGAGGAGGAAGAGGAAGAUGAAGAUGAGGAUGAGGAUGAUGAGUAGAUUGCAUAGGGAUGGGACCUUAAGUUUUGUUUAUGCCAUAUAGCCCUAAUAUACAAAAUUCACCAUCUUGAAACAAGUCGGAACAAGAACAUGUGUAUAUUUAAUGUUUUUAAGAUGUACAGUGUUAUUUUCCUUUUUUGUAAAGUUAACACUACAUAUCUUAAGUUUGGGAUUUUCUAGUGGUAGUUCUUUAUCCCUGCCAUAUGAUGUAACAGUGUAGAAGAACUACAAAUCAGUAUGAAAGUAACUAGUGUUUAGGUGUUAAAACUCAAAAAUGAGAUUUCUGAGUUGCUAGUGUUUCUUCAUUUUGAAAAAUAUUUUUUUAUGUGCUGUCCCAAUGUCUUUUUAUUGUUCUUUGAAUACCACCCUAAUAUCAAAUGCAGCUGUCGACAUUCAAAAAUGUCUUCAAUAAAGGGUUUUUUUGUUUUGUUUUGUUUUUUUUUUUUUUCUUCUAAUUUUUGGUGUAUCAGUAGCUAUGGCUGCCAGCCAGCCAACAUGGAGAAGAUGUAGCUAAUUAACUACACAUGAAUAAUUCAGACACUGGGGUUUGAGGCUGUUUAUUUAAAAGGUGAUGCCUGCGCAGGUGAAUAAGUACAAGAUGACCUGACAGUUUUUUGUUCACAUUUAUCUGGAAUAGUUAAAUGUAUUUUAAACUCUUGAAAUGAGGACUAUGUUAACUUGUCUUUUGCCUACAGUUUUCUGAUGCUUUGUAAAGGGAGUGGUACUGCCUGUCAAUAAAUAUUAUGUGCUUUA